AUGGCCAGCAGAAAUGGGCUCAAGCCGUCGGUGAAGGCGGAGACAAGCAACAGGCGCCAUCAAGGCUCUGCAUUCAGGGUGGUCAAGUUUGAUCACCAAACUACCGGGAAUGACUCUGGGCACAGCUCCCGGUCAUCGGCAGCACCACAGCCCCCAACCUUGAGCCGGCCGCCACAGCUACGUCCCCGUCAAAUUAAAAGCCGCUCUGGCUGUGAAUCCUGCAAGCGACGCCGUAUCAAAUGCGACGAGGGCCAACCGCAGUGUCAGCGCUGCAAGAGCCGCGGUCUUGUGUGCACCGGUAAUUUCAAGCCUGAUGUCUGGCAAAUCGAGCGGCCAUGGAUAUACACAUCGCAUAAGCGAGUCCAGCGGCUCAGCAUGCCGGCCACACAGCUCCUUAGGAAGCACCAGGCAGCCACCAAGAAUGUCAAUAUCCACAGUGUCCCUCCUCACUCGGCGCGGGUGCUCGAAAAUGAACUGGUCCGGCACUGGUUUGAGCAUACCUGCACAAUCAUGGGUAUCGUCCCGCAGUCUCGCAACCCGCUCUCCUACAGCCUCUCUCCUUACCUGCGCCGCUCCUGUGCUCUUCGCCACAGCAUCCAAUGCAUUAGUCAAGCCCAUUCAAGCUAUUUCACUGAUGCCCAUUUGGCCGAAGUCCUCGAGGAGCGUGCACGUGCCCUCGCGAGCUUACGCCUCGAGAUCGAGCGUGCCUUUAUCGGCGAGUCCGCGUGCUCACGGGCACAGCUCUUACCGACAAUCUUGCUGUCUUCGCUCAUCCUGGGCAUCACCUCGGACUGGCUGACCAAAGAUCUCACCAGCCAGGAGUUUCUCAUCGGAGCAAACCAAAUUGUACCACUCUUGCUGGAGUCGGGAGUAAAGCAAGACCCUGUAUCACAUUAUGUCCUUGGUCUUUAUCUCUAUUGGGUCAGCGUGGAGUCUCACAUUGAACCAUGGGAGCCGGACGAGCAACACCAGCGGCAACAUGAAUUUCAGCUGUCAUACUUGCACUGCAUAGUCGACCGAUGCCUCGCGAAUACGGUUCACCCCGUCACAGGUCUUGCCGCCGGUGUCUUGCCUCUGAUGUGGGAGGCUGGACGUUACUACCGGCGAGUUUCUCAAGGGUACGCUGGGGAUGCUACAUAUGCCGAGACGCUGCAGUCAAAGCUUGAAGCAUGGACUCCGCCCACAGCCCUAUGCUCGUUAGAGAAGGGCCAACCUCUCAUAGCCUUGGCCGAAGCGUACCGGGCUGCUGCUCUCUUAUUGUUAUAUCAAGCCCGUUGCGUCUCUGACAGACCUCCAAUGGCGGCCACGUCGUUGGCUAUGAGCAAUGAAACUGUGCCAAAUAAUAUUAAAUCGGCCAUCUCGACAAUUGUGGGCGUGCUGGGGAGUUUAUCGCCCGGUGAUCCGCUGCUAACCUCUGUGGGGCCAUUUCUGGUCAUUGCUGGCUCCGAAUUACAGGAAGAUCAGAUAGAGUCACGCAACUUGAUACACCGCAUAGCUCGACAGGUAACACAGUAUACACGUGUUCCAAACUUCUCCUCAGCGCUGAAUCUUGUCGAAGAGGUGUGGGCCCGACGAGCAUCUGGCAGCCAGGUUACCUGGCUGGAGCUUAUGUUACAAAAUGGUUAUAUACUAGGUAUUGCAUAA